CAGACAUCGAGCAGCGUUGCAUCCAUGUGCAAGCAGAUGGCAUGGCUGCGUUCAGGUCUCUAUUAGGCCUAAAUCCUAUAUUCUAACAAACUCUGUCCCCCUUCCGACUGGAGUCGGCCUGUCCUGCAAUAGAUUGCACACUAAUUAUCUAGAGCUAUUAGACCAAUCCUGUUUUCAUUGCCGCGUCUUGGCAAUUCGUUCUCCACGUGUGGCCCAUUAAUGCACACCCUUGCCUGAUAAAACGUCAUGAAGUCGGGGUCCACCGACCGCAUCAUCGGGACCGAUGAUGUGGAACUGAACUCCUUGCUGGACCAAGGAGAUGCCCAGAAUCACAUCACCAUUAUUCCCGUGGAAUACCCGCCUUGGUCAUAUCCCCAAGAUUUUCCCCCUGGACAUGUCGCUCGGGAUUAUUUGAGAGAAAAAGUCAGAGAAGAACUUCGUCAGUCCCUGGAUCAUUUGAACAAUGAUCAACCUUACUCAUCACGGCUCACCUGUCCUGGGGCAGCAAGUCCUGCUAGAUCCAUGGGGAACAGGGUUCAUCUGGAUGACAAACUUCUAUCUGAACCACUGGCCAGAGUGACUUCAGUAUCCCGGUCUUCUCACACCAUCAGAUACAGGCCCAAAGAAUUGGAGAUGUGUAUCUACAUGAUGUCUGGUGUGUGCAUCCGUCUCCAACUGGAAAAAGGUCAUCAGGCAACUGUCUCACAAAUCAUCAACGUAUUUGUGGGAGAUGAGGAACUUGGCCUCCCUGCUUCAGCCAAAGAGUACUUCACCCUUUGGAUGGUAUCACCUUUGCUAGUUGAUUACGAAAUGUUAGCUGGUCUGCAGGCUAGGAUUGAGUUAGGCCCUUAUGAUGAACAGAUUCACACAUCAGAUUUCUUCAGAGCAAGACUGAGGGAAUUCCUACCAGAUCAUUUGUGGAAGGGUCAAUGGCUUCAGCGAAUUCCAUUGAGAGGCAAAACUACACCUGAAAUGAGAGUCCUGGAACAGUUCCGCAGGAUUCCCACUUCAUCUUCCCGCCGCAAGCUCAUUCGCAAAUAUUUGGAGUUCUGUUGGUCGCUCCCUUACUAUGGGAGUGCAUUCUUCAAAGGGCAGAUUGAAGGUAAAGGAUCAGGUCUGCUGGCCUUAAUUUCUCAAUCAGACCACCCUGUCACAGUGGCUAUAAAUAGGGAGGCUUUAUAUGUCAUCAAUCCCCUCCAACAUAAUGUCUUGCUGGGCAUGCGCUACGAGGACUUCUCGUGGGACUAUGCCCGUCCCUCUGAGGAGAGAGACGAAGAUUGUCUUCCCUGCCUCUUCAUCCAGUUUCCACACAUUGAUAAUGGUGUGAAGACUUCCAAGAUCCUUCAGGUCUUUUCGAAGCAGGCUGUCCUGAUGGAUGCCCUGAUCUCCAACUGUGUUGAAGAUUUGAAACACAGAGACUACUCAGAUGGAUCAUAUGAAAGUUCUACUGACCUUGAUGGCGAAUGCAUUGGAACGAUGGGAUCCUGGUCCUUCAUCAAGUAAAAAAAAAAAAAUUGCAUUCACUCACAUCUAGUCUGCACAUCUACAUGUACAAACAGUGUAUUGUUUAUUGAUCUGGAUUAAAAAACCAAAAAUCUGCAUUUUUGAUCUCAGAGCAUCCCAGUCACACAUCUUCCAUGACACUCAAAACACCUAGUCACC